GCAGUGGAGGAAGUGCGGAGCGGAGCGGAGCGGCGCAGCGCACAGUCCAGUCUAGUCCAGUCCACAUGCUGAAGCGGCGCAGCGACACCACCACCACCACGACGCCCUAGGAGCCCGACAUGACUUCUCCUCAGGGACCGGUUGACUCUGAAGCCUCGCCCCGGGACAGGACGGACUCCGAGGGCGAGGAGAGCAGAGGCAGGGACGCGACGGGGAGCGCAGAGGACAAGACCAAAGCGAGCCGCCACCCUUUCAGUGUCGAGUCCCUCAUCUCCAAGAAGAGCACCUGCAGCAGGAGCGCGUACUCUCCUUCACCCCCAGCGCCUUUCCCGGAACAUCUGGGACACUACUCUUCUCAGAGGACUUACUUCCCACAGAAAAGUCCAGGUUCAGGAGAAACUUUCCCCCAUCACCAUGUGUCUGUAUCGGACUGCAUGAACGACGAGAGCGAAGACUCGAGUGAUAAGGAGCAGAGCACUUGGCUCAAGAGCCCAACUUUCUCAUCACCACAGAGAGCUGCAAGUCCUCCGUCGACGUGCCACCUGCGCAAGCACAAGACCAACCGGAAGCCUCGGACCCCGUUCACUACGGCGCAGCUGCUUGCUCUAGAGCGGAAGUUCCGCCAGAAGCAGUACCUGUCGAUCGCCGAGCGCGCCGAGUUCUCCAGCUCUCUGAGCCUCACCGAGACGCAGGUGAAGAUCUGGUUCCAGAACAGACGCGCCAAGGCCAAGCGGCUGCACGAAGCCGAGCUGGAGAAGCUGAAGCUGGCUGCUAAACCCGCUCUGCCCGCCGCUCUGGCCGCUCUGCCCUUCUCUCUUGCCGCGCACGCGCCUCCGGCAGCUGUGUACGGCGCCGCCACGUCCGCGCUCCCGCGCCCGAGCCUCGCCGUGCCCGCGCUCUUCGGCUCGCCUUAUGGAAUGUAUUACUUAUCAUAAUAAUAAUAACAAUAAUAAUAAUACAAACAAGAACUCCACGGUUUUCCAUCGUGCCUGAUUGUUUUUAAAAGACUCUUUUUUUUUUCCAUAUAAUGUGCUGUUGCAAUAACCUUUUGACAAACAAAUGACUCCAAUAGUACCUCUUAUUGCUGCCUCCAAUUUUUGCCUUUGGAGCUGUGGAGAUGUUGUGGUUUUUUGUUUGUUUGUUUGUUUGUUUGUUUUUUAAGCCAUCUCCUCGAUUACUGACUUUUAGCCUUAAAAUAUAAGAAUGCCAGAAAUGUCUGAGAAAAUGCAAUGAUGAUGAGUAUUUAGAGUAUAUGUGUGAUGUAUAUACUGUAUUCAUGCUCUUGUGGAGCAGGUUAUUCUGGAUUGAUUCAUGUUUAAAAAAGAAAAUCUCUGGGGAUUUGUCCGUCACGUGACGAGAAGUACUUACUGGCCUAAUCUUUAAAAAGUGCCUUCCUUGAAAGACCAAAUAUUUAUUAGUCAAUAAAGAGUAUUCUUUUUAACGUUUAA